AUGGCGAUAAUGAUGUCAGAACUUUCACGGGAUUUAGUAGAGGAAGUGCUCAUUAGGGUUCCAUUGACAUCUCUAAGAGCAGUGCGAUUGACUUGCAAAAAAUUGAACGAUGUAUCGAAAGAUCGAAGCUUUAUAAAGAAGCAUAUCGUCGAAGCAAAGAAGAAGCAAGUGAUGAAUGAGUUUGAGAUGAUCAUGGUGAUGGAUUAUAAGGUUUAUCUGAUGAACGUCGAUCUCCAUAGCAAUGUCGAUCCAUAUAUUACGCUUAAAGGCACGCUUUUUAGCCUGAAGGAUGAUGCAAAUCAUCAUCAUCAUCAUCAGGUCGAUGAUAUAGUUGGAUUCUUUCACUGCAAUGGUUUACUCUUAUGCAUCAUCAGAAACCUCAACUCUAGGCUUGUGGUUUGGAAUCCUUACUUUGGGGAAACAAGGUGGAUCCAACCCAGAAGUAGGUACGACAUGCUUGACAGUUACGCUCUUGGUUAUGACGAGAAGAAGAAGUACAAAAUCUUGAGGUUUGUGGAUGAUUCUUACGUCUUUAGGGAAGAGGAACGAAUAUGUGAGUUUGAACUCUAUAGUUUUGAGUCUGAUUCAUGGAAGGUUGUUUUUGAUGUCCCUCCUGAGUGGAAAAUAGAGUUUAAUCACCGUGGCUUGUCUGUUAAGGGUAAUACUUACUGGUAUGCUACUGACAGAAGAGGACAAGAUGUUGCUUUCUUGAUCUGUUUUGAUUUCACUACAGAGAAAUUUGGACCGUGUUUGCCUCUGCCUUUUAAUGCUUCUCCUUCUUGCGAAGAUAUUGUUACCCUCUCUAGUGUUGGGGAAGAGCAGUUUGCGGUCUUGUUUCAGGACGAUGAUACAUUGAGGAUGGAGAUUUGGGUUACGAGUAAGGUUCAGCCUACAGAGGUCUCGUGGAACAAGUUGUUCUUAGUGGUUGAUAUGGGACCACUCACUGGUUUCGCAUUUCUGUUAGGGACUUUCUUCAUUGACCAGAAGAAGAAUGUUGCAAUGGUUUUUGAUAAAGAUUAUGCGUCUUACUCUCGCGGCAGUGCUUACAUCAUCGGGAACAAUGGAUACUUGGAAAAAGUGGAUUUUGGCAAAGCAGCAGACCGGAGUUGUUACCCAUUUGUCUCUUCUUAUGUUCUAAGCACAGUGCAAAUUAGGCAGCUAACCUGA